AGUUUGAGUCUUGCCCUUGUUCUGUUGCUCAUUAUGUUUAGUUGUUUGUUACAUUUUCUAUGAUGUUAGUUAUUCAAUGGAUUUCUUUUUUCUUACAUAGUUCUAUGUCUAAGAAGUUUUUUAAGAUGCCUUGUUUACUAGUUAUUCGAAAUUUUCAUAAGCAGUAGGAAUUUACAACAUGAAGGGUGAGUUGAGAAUAUGAAAAGAUAGGAGCAAGAGAAGAUCACGUCGUCAGUUUGUAGAACAGUGUCUUUGUGCCAUAGCCUUACUUAGGUUUUGUAAACAGAAUAAAUCAGUAAACCUAAUCAGUAUUGGGACAGAGUCUCAUUUUGUCUUCCCACUUAAAGAGGGGACAAGGUCAACAGGAAUAUAUUCUGGGAAUGCUUGAGCAGAUUGCGUCAUCUAAUAUUUCCAUUUGAUUGUUAUUCUAGAAAUAUAUGUUCCUCAGGAAGGAAUUGUUGAACUCUUGUUGUUACAUGCAGCAGCUAGCACAUAGCUAUUGCAAUGAACAAAAUAGAUGCUACAUUUUUAUGGGCAAUCUACAUCUCUUGAGAUAUGAUAUGAUUUGGUUACUUGCUUGGGGAGCAAGAUUUGGAUUCCAAGCUUUUUAGAGUGAGUAUAUAUUUUUUUUUUUUUAUUUUUUUAUUUUUUUUAUUGGUUCCACUUCUAUCAAGACCAUGUAUAUUCUCAUUUACAAAACUUCAAGUAGCGCUUUUAAGAGGCUAAAACUUACUGGUGGUUUUGAUUAUAUCUUUUGAAACGACACCAAUUUCAUUUGUUAAUUCCGUUCUUUCUUAUGCUGUUUAUAAUCUUUCAAGGGGAUGUGAAUAAUCAUUUAAUGUAAAAAUUCCUUCUGGUUUUAAUCAGCAAAUAGACUUUUUUUGCAGAGGCUAUUUUCAAUAUACCAAAAAAAAAAAAAAAAGGAAAACAAAAGAAGAGUGCUAGAUUUGAUUUUAAUUACCUUUGAUAUUUAAAAAUGGUGAGUGUAACAUAAGGAUUUAAGUUCUAAGAGUAAAACUACUUCUGUAGUAUUUUUUUCCUCUCUGCCUUCUCUUACUAGGAAAUUUUUGCAAAUAAGAAGUUAGAGUUUGUAUCAAAGAUUCCCUCUCACUUGCAUAUAAAUAUGGAGGAGAGAGAAGCUCCGGGCUCCUGAAUAGCAAAUUAGUUUACAAAUUUCUUCGUUUACUCAUGUUCUCCCUUAAUUAUUCAUUUUCUCCUUAUAAUUAAUUCUUCUCAACAAUUUAUUUUUUUAUGAAGUAUAUGUUUUAUUAAUUGUUUGCUGUGGAAUUAAGUUAGUUUCCAUAAAGUUAUUAAAUCAUUAGAAAUUUUAAGUGCCCACUUUUAGUAAUACUGUGUUGAAAAAUUAAGGAAUAAUUUCGUUUUGAAUGAAAAUCAGUUUUGAAUUUCUAUAAUCAGUGCCACAUUUCAAAACAUGAUUCCUGAAUUUUACUGAGUUUCAUUUAUUUGUUUAUUUAUUUGUGUUUGAAUGUUUUGGGUAGCCAUGAAGAUUUAUAGGUGAACUGAAGAGGUUGGAAGAGAUGGAUGGGCAUAAUAGGAUAGCCUAAGAAAUAUGUGUGUUUCUAACAUUUCUGUGAAGUCAGAAACUGGAUAUUAGCAAGGUAAGAUAUGAGAUACUGGAGAUUUUCCUGCUGUGCAAUUAGGAAUUGUGAAUGUACUGGUGCUUAUAUGGUAGCACAAAGGAACUGAAGGUCAAAUAGAAGUUUGGUUAAUAUGGUGAGAAUAAGCUGUGUCUUCCAUUGGAAAUCAUCAUGUUGAAUAUUAUCUUCUUCUGAUUUGUUGUUUUUAUCACUGACAGUGUAAUGCUGGGUUUCUACCAAAGAACAGUGAAUUUUAGACGUUUUUUAUUUUCUUUAGUGGAUUGCCAAAAUGUGCUUUAAAUGUGGUGGGAAGGACUCAUCUCGAAGUUUAAGGUAUUGAUAUGAUCAUGUUGUGCUGGUUAGCCUUUGAACCAUUGAAUUAGGAUGUUAUAGUUAUGAUGUCUAAUUGUCUAUUGACAUGUGUCACUCCUUGGUUUCCUCAAUACCUGAUGGUAGAAAUCUUCAGUAUUUUGGAUGAUUUUGAUCUAGCAAUGGUGCUUUAUUGAUUUUUCUCUUGAACCUUAUGAAUGCAUACUGUUGCCGAAUAUGUUUUGAACUCAUCAAGACUUGUGUGAUACUCCCUUUAAUUACUGUGCUCAGAGUGCUGACUCUCACCGUCACAAAUGUUCAGUUAUUGUUGCAUUGAUUAACACUGAAUAUUACUGACAGCAGUAAUGCUGUUCUUCUAUUAACCAUGUUCCAUAGUACUAGUUUUCUAACAAGUUCCCAUGUUGAGUAACUUAUUACAGUGAUUUCAAGAUGGCUGUUGUGAAACGAAGACUUUAUACUGAUUCAGAUACCCGUGCCCUUCACAAAGAAUUAGAUGAGGUCUCAUGUCCAAUUUGCAUGGACCAUCCACAUAAUGCUGUUCUCCUCCUGUGCAGCUCGUAUGACAAGGGCUGCAGAUCUUACAUUUGUGAUACAAGUUAUAGGCAUUCGAAUUGCCUGGACCGCUUUAAAAAGUUAAGGAACAAACCUAGGUGCAAUACAACCUUAUCCAGUUUUUUGCCUAUCCACUCAUUCAAUUCCGGUAAUACUUCUGAAAGAAGCUUGCCUUUGAGAACACAUGUACUUGAUGCUAAUGAAAAUCAGAAUCUGAAUGAAAGCAAUGAUGUAAACUCUGUUGGAAUUCCUGAAGGGCUUCUAGAAAAUAGUAUCCCAAACUCUAAUAGACAGUUAGAAACACAAGAAGGCAUUUUGGAAGCUGGUGAUUCUGAGUCAUUUCGUGAUAGGAUUGAACUUGAAGAGGCUGAUAUGGAGAACUUGAAAUGUCCUUUAUGCCGUGGUGCUGUACUAGGGUGGGAAGUUGUAGAUGAGGCAAGAAAAUAUCUAAACUUGAAGAAGCGGAGUUGCUCUAGAGAAUCAUGCUCAUUUGUUGGAAACUACCAAGAAUUGCGUAGACAUGCUAGGAGGAUUCACCCUACAACUCGACCCUCUGAUGUUGAUUCAUCCAGAGAACGAGCUUGGAGAUGCCUUGAGCGGCAGAGGGAAUAUGGUGACAUUGUCAGUGCCAUUCGUUCAGCCAUGCCAGGCGCUGUUGUAGUUGGGGACUAUGUAAUCGAGAAUGGUGAUAGGUUUUCAGUUGAAAGGGAAGGUGGGACAGGUGAAGUCAAUGCCCCAUGGUGGACUACUUUCUUCUUGUAUCAGAUGAUUGGCUCUAUCGAUGGUGUAGGUGAACCAAGGGCUCGGCCAAGAGCUUGGACAAGGCACCGCCGAGCAUCUGGAGCAUUACCUGAGCAUCGAUUCCUGUGGGGUGAGAAUCUAUUGGGUCUACAGGAUGAUGAUGAUAUGCAUGUAUUGAGCGAUGCUGGUGAAGAUGCUUCUCCAAUCCCAAGAAGACGCCGGCGUUUGACUCGGUCAAGAUCUGAUGAUCAGUCAUGAAAAGUAAUGGCGAUUACUGUAAUGUGCAGAAACUGCCAGCAGAAUUGUUGUGGUUAAAAUCUGAAUUGUCAGAAACCCCUGCCUGGGAUGAUGGCUAAGCAAUGAAAGAUUUGUAGAUUUGUUCAACGAUUAUAAAUUUGCAUUGGAUUCUGUUUCAACUUUGUUGGUUUGUUUACAGGGAAGAGAAAGUUACAAGAAAAGUGAGAUCAUUCCUAAACUGUUCUCUUUAGUGCUGGGAAGUGGGAACAUUUGUCUGUUGGAAUUAGAUUUGAUUCCUCUCAAUUUCUAUUGGAUCUUGAUUUGUGUAUUGGGUGUGGUUGAUGGUUCCCCACCUGUUCUCUGUGUUUCGUCAGUGGCGGAUUUUUUCCACAAUUGUAGCAAAUCUAAACUGAUGGGGAAUUGUUGUAUUGUUCUUGCUUUGUAAUGGGAUGAUGUUCAAAUUUGUACAGCUUAGGCUUUGGAUUCUCGAUCGUGCCAAACCUGUAAGAGCAUGGAAUUGUGAGCAUCGUUCGUUUGUGAUAUCUGCUGAGUAGGUUGUAAUGUUUGUUCAUUUUAGUGAUGUGUUCUUUUUAGUGGACAA